AUCGACUCAUUUCAAAUUUGGUGGUUGCAGGCUUAGGCUAAAUUAAGGCUGGCUUUAUCGUAUUGCUCGUCAAUUUCCUCAUUAAGAGACUGCAAACUGAUAACAUAUUGAGUACCUGUGUAUUGUAAUUUAUUUUUAUUUUUUCUUUGCAUUUCUUUGGUUUUUGUUUUCUUUUUGUGGUUUUGUGUUUUGUGUUGUUGUUGUGAAUUACAGGUUUUAUUUCAAUUGUAAACAAUGAAGAAGGCUUUUGGGUCACCUCAAACACCAAGGAUCAGUACUCUUUCCAGAAGGCCUAAGAUCACACGUCCUCUGCGAAAGCAAUUGGCAACUCCAAUACAAAAUGGGGACAGGUUUAUUGCCAACAGAAGUUCCAUAGAUUUUGAUUGGGCUCGGUAUCUGGUAAAUAAAAGCAACAUCAUUGGGAAAAAACCCUCCAAGAAAGAAUAUGACAGGGAGCCAGCAGCUAGUUUGGUGAUGGAUUCUAGUAAGAUGUCAAGAACUUUGAGCUUUAGUAGAAAGCCCUCUGGACAGGGCUUGCAAUCCAUCUACUCCGAAACUCCUUCUGUUGAUACUAUAGUCAGAACUAGCAGAUCACAGAGCCGCAACAUACCUCAAGUAAGGGUUAUUCCUCAUGCAGAGAGAACUUUGGAUGCCCCAGAUCUUGUUGAUGAUAAUCAUUUGAAUCUGCUGGAUUGGAGUGACAGCAAUAUUUUGUCUAUAGCACUUGGCAAUGCAGUUUACUUAUGGGAUGCAAACACAAGCACUACUUCUGAGCUAUUGACAGUAGAUAAUGAUGUUGGUCCAGUAAGCAGUGUCAAUUGGGCACCUGAUGGAAAACACAUUGCCAUUGGAUUGACUAGUUCUUCUGUACAGAUAUGGGACUCCACAUGUAAUCGACAGUUGAGAUCCUUGAAAGGUCAUCAUGGCCGUGUAGGCUCACUUUCCUGGAAUGACACUAUUCUUGCAACUGGUGGUAGGGACAGUUCAAUAAUUAUCCAUGAUGUCCGUAUCCGUAAUUCCAAUGUUAAGACAUACAGAGGCCAUGAGCAGGAAGUUUGUGGAUUGAAAUGGUCCUUAUCUGGCCAGCAACUUGCGAGUGGAGGCAGUGACAACUUGCUUCACAUCUGGGACAAGAGCAUGUCAUCCUCUAAUGUUAGAAAUCAGUAUCUUCACAGGAUUGAUGAACAUUUUGAUGCAGUUACAGCCUUGGCAUGGUGCCCUUUCCAGCACAAUCUUUUGGCAUCUGGUGGAGGUCUUGCAGACCAAUCUAUUAAGUUAUGGAAUAGUCUUACUGGAGCAUGCCUAAAUACCAUUGCCACCAACUCUUCAGUUUGUGCGUUGUUGUGGAAUAGGCAUGAGCGUGAGCUUUUGAGUUCACAUGGGUAUAGUGAGAAUCAAUUGACCUUAUGGAAAUACCCAUCUAUGGCAAAGACUGCAGAACUUACUGGCCAUACUUCUAGGGUGCUGCAUCUGGCACAGAGCCCAGAUGGGUAUACUGUUGCAUCAGCUGGAGCAGACGAGACACUAAGGUUUUGGCAAGUCUUUGGAAUUCCUGAUACCUCAGAGAGUACCAAAACUAAAGAGCCAGAGGGUACCCUCAACUCUUAUCUUAUGCAUAUUCGCUAGUAGUCAAUUGAUGCAAUGGAACAAGAAAAUUUACACUUCAGAAUCCAGAUGUAUGUAAACUGCUCCAUAAGCUUUGACAAGUCUUUUGAACUCCUGAAUACUUGAAGGGGGGCCCAAAGUAGACAGACAUCAGGAUGCCUCCAGGUAUCGAGGCCUAGUAUGAUAUUACAUGCUAGGCAUACCUCUUUAACAGUCAAAUAAUAAGAUCAUUCAGAGGAUUCUGCUUGGUUAAGGAUUCAUCUUCAACAAUCAAAUGCCUGGUUAGGAACGAGUUUGGCACGGGAUAUGCAUUUAUUCUCUGCUGCUCGGAGCAUCAUCUGCGAAGGAGGAAAACCACUUAUUCUCCAGCCAAGAAGAGCUUCGCAUUUUCAAUGAGUUCUCAGAGUACAAAAGUGAGGGAAUCUCAAGUGAGAGCUAUAAAUUCUGUAAAGCGAAGCAAUUUCUUUCUCCUCAUCAAAUAAUAGGUUUGAUGUUCAAUGAGAGUCUCUUCUUGUAAAGGGAGAAAUUAUCCUCCUCAGCCAAGAAUGGAUUUACAAUACCCUUGGUAUGUUCUAGGCAAAUUUUUAACUUCAACGUUUUUUAACUCUUUCAUUCCGGUUUCAUCUUAAGUAUUGUAAUAUUUCAUUACUUUAUCUAAUCUGUUUUUGUUGGAAUUUUGUAGCUUAGUGCACCCAUGGAAGUGCCUAUGUUUUUUCUUGGGCGUUUUUAAACGCCGCCAAUGUUGAGGAAGUCCAAAAAUCUUGAAGCUUUUUUCCUUAAAAUGGCUAAACAGAAGGUAUCCAAGCAUUAGAGAGCCUGUGUGACAUUAUACUCUUCUUCAAGAGAGUGACAAAUGGGUUGUCAGCAAAAUGAUCAUAAUUAAACUUUCGUUGUAUGGAAGAAAAUUUUCAUCAGAAGAAAUUAUGUAAUUUUUAAUUUGUAAGAGGAAAAAUAUAUUUGGAUACUUUGGCAGUGUUUAGGGGAAGUAGUUUGUCUAUUCGCACAUAUGAAAUGCAAGUGAAAGGUUCAGCUGGAUGGGGGUGUGCUGUGGAACAACAGAGCUUAGUUGCCAUACUUCUAGGGUGCUGCAUCUGGAACAGGUAUGCAUGCUAUUGGUAUAUGGAUGCGUUUGCAAGUCUUUGGAUCCGCUGAUAUCUCAGAGAGUACCAAAGCUAAAGAGCCAGAGGGUACCCUAAAAAAUUAUCUUAUGCAUAUUUGCUAGUAGUCAAUUGAUCUCAUCGAACAAGAAAAAUUACACAUUAGUUUAUUUGCACUUAUUGGUGCAUCAGUGAUCACAUUUUAUGCUAAUAGUACUGUUCCGUACCCUAAAAAAUUAUCUUAUGCAUAUUUGCUAGUAGUCAAUUGAUCUCAUCGAACAAGAAAAGUUACACAUUAGUUUAUUUGCACUUAUUGGUGCAUCAGUAAUCACAUUUUAUGCUAAUAGUACUGUUCCAUAAGCUUUGACAAGUCUUUGAAACUCCUGAAUACUUGAAAGCAACCUCAAAGUAGACAGACAGCAGGAUGCCUCUAGGUGACGUUAGUUUUUUUGUGGUUUAGGUAGUUUCAUAAUAUUCAGCAGUUUGUUCUUUGAGCAUGUCUCUUUCUGCACUGUUUCGUGUUACUUAUAAUUUGAUUGCUUUAAUCCAACUAAAAAAUAAUGAAGAUGUACUUGUAAUUUCUGCUCAUUAGCUAAGGUUAUCAUUUGCAUUUCUAUUCUGUUUGUGAAGUACAUAGUGUUAGGCUGCUAUCUAUAUUGUUGUUUGAGUUUUUUCUUUGUUAACAUGCCUGCUUGGCUAAUGCUUCAUCACUGCUACAACUGUGCCUCUUAAGAUUAGCUAUAAUGAUGGCUUCUGUAUACAGGUUUGAUGUUCAACGAGUGUCUCUUCUUGUAAAGGGAGAAGUUAUCCUCAGCCAAGAAUGGAUUUAAUAUACCCUCGCUUAGUGUACCCAUGGAAGUGCCUAUGUUUUUCCUUGGGCAUUUAUAAAUGCCACCAAUGUUGAGGAACUCAUAAAUCACUUGCUAAAAUUUAAGUUAAAAUUACUACUGCAUUCUUGGUGAUUACUGGCGAUAUUUAAAUUAACUUGAGCAUGAUUUCCUGAAAUGUUUGUUUUUUCUCCUGUUGAGCACCUGAACCAGAGGCUAAACAGAAGGUAUCCAGGCAUUAGAGGGCUUGUGUGACAUAAUCCUCUUCUUCAAGAGAGUGAGAAAUGAGUUGUCAGCAAAAUGACCAUUAUUAAACUUUCCUUUUUAGAAGAAAUUUUUUGUCAGGGAAGUGAGGGUGUGCUGUGUAACAGCAGAUAAGAAGAAUGAUAAAAACUUAUCUAAAUUUUAUUUUAUACAAAUUUAUAUGCUUGAAUUGUGAAACCUUGAAAAAGUAUGCUCAAUAUUAUUACACAUAAUUUUAGUAGUU